AUGAGCGGAUCAACAAUAGAAGAGUUUAUUGGUUGGUCUAGCAUCGAAACUAUUGGAACAUACAUAUUUCAUGCCACAAAUAGUCUGAAAACUAUUGAUAUUUCGAUGACAAAAAUAAGUGUAAUUCCUCAGUUCUGCUUUUAUGGAUGCAAAUCUUUAACAACCGUCCUUCUUCCUGAUAAUCUGACAUCAAUUAUGCAGAAUUCAUUUUUGAAUUUAGCUAUAAUCGAAAAGUUUUAUAUUCCUUCAUUGGUUACAUCUAUUGAAGACCAGGCAUUCUCUACAUUUCCUUUGCUUAAAAUGAUUGUUUAUUUCGGAAAAUGUGAUUUCAAAGAUAGAAAUCUCUUUAUUAGCUGUCCUUCAUUAACACGAGCUAGAGUUAUCCCACUUUAUCCAUCUAAUAAAUUUGGAUAUUGCCAUGUUACAAGAGAUGCUUUACUUUAUGGAUUACUAGGAAUUGUAUGUCCUUCUUUCAAUUAUGGAAACUAUUUUUCAUUUGCUUCGCUUUUUUCAAGUUCCUUCUUUAUUUUUCUCGUUUAA